UCUGCUGUGAAUUUUCAAUCGUGUACAAGAAUUCCUUUGUUCUCCAGGAACCGAAGCAAUGUUCGGCGAUAAAAGAGAAGAACGGAUAGAGAGAAUUUUGACUGUGUUGGCUUGUCGAUCAGCAGGUGUAUCUGAAGACAUGCUACCUAUACCUCAAAACUACGAGGAGAUCCUGGAUUUCGGUGAAGAGGCAGUCAAAGACCUAAAAUCCAAACAAGAAAUAUUGAAGUUUGAUCGUAACUGGUGUGACUUAGUAGAAGAGGAGGAAUUGCGACAGAAAAAUGCGUUAACAAUAAUUUUCGAGAAAGAAAAAAUUAGACCACAGACACAGAUCUUGCAAAAAAUGCUACAGGAAUUGAAGAGAGAGGUGUCCAAUAGAGUUCAGACAGCAUUGAACAAAGAAAAACUAAAGGCAGGAUGGACAGAAAUACACCAAGAGAUGAUGGGAAAGAUAUCUGAUAAAAGGAAAAUGGAUCAACAACUUGAACGAGAAAAUACAAGACAGAGGUCAAUUGGCUUAGAACUAAAGAUAGUCUGGUCCUUGAUGACUGUAAAAAGAGAAAUCCAACAACUGAGAGUGGACUUAACAAGGAACAUGUUGAUGGGUCUGAAGAAAGAGAUGUCCAUCAGACUUGAAAAAGCAUUGACAAAAGAAGAACUAAAGGUGAAAUGGACAUCAAUUCACCACGAGAUGAUGGGAGUGGUAUUAGAUAGAAGGAAUAUUCAAAAGCAAAUGGAUCUAGUAAGACAGAAAAAGAGGUCUAUGCACUUGGAACUACUGACAGUGUUGCGCAUGAUGGAUUUAAGAAAAGAAAUCGAAAAACUUAGAGAAGCAAUCAGGAAGGAAGCUGAAGAUGCUAUAGUGGAAAAAAAUAAUGAAAAGAAAUUAGACGUGAUAAAAUCUAUUGAGAAAAAUGACAUCUGCAAUCAGGACUAUCUGGAUGUACCAGAAUCUGAGGAAACAGAGACUUUCAUCCCAAGGAAAUUGUUCCUUUUCAAUGUAGAAACAUUCAAAAUGGAUUCAAAGCAUGAUGAUGAAGGUACACAGGAAUGUAGCAGUAGUAAUUCUAAGAGUGAAAUGAUUGAGUGCACUCCCACUGCAAAUGAGAGGUCCAAUGAGCCAAAAAAGAAAACCCUGAAAUCCAAGAUCCAGAAAUUCUUCCGAUUGAAGUCAUAAAGAGAUAUUGGGACAUUAGCAAAUGGAUAUCGUCUUUAACAUCAAUAAAAUAUUUAAUGGAAAAUGUGUCAUACAAACUGUUUAUCUCGCGUUUAA